AUGUCAGAUCCACGAAGACCUGAUCAAGGUUCCUCCAAUAAAGCUACACUCAAUGAGCUCACCUUGGCCGUUCGUGGCAUGGGGAUGGACGUCAUCGGACCCAUCGAGCCACCGGCAUCCAACGGAUAUCGUUUCAUUCUAGUCGCCAUCGACUAUUUCAUUAAAUGGGUAGAAGCCACCUCUCACAAGUCAGUAACCAAAAAGGUCAUGGCAGACUUUGUGAAGAACAACUUCAUAUGCCCUUUCGGUGUGCCAGAGUCCAUCAUUACGGAUAAUGGAGCUAAUCUGAAUAGUGAUCUAAUGAAAGACAUUUGCGAACAAUUCAAGAUAACUUAUCGGAACUCUACUGCCUAUCAGCCACAGAUGAAUGGAGCCGUAGAGGCUGCCAACAAGAACAUCAAGAGAAUCCUUCGGAAAAUGAUUGACAACUACAAAAAUUGGCAUGAGCAGUUGCUUUACACUUUGUUGGGAUACAAAACUACAACUCGAACAUCUACCGGAGCAACUCCAUACUUGCUUGUUUACGGUACCAAAGCAGUUAUACCCACAGAGGUGGAAAUUCCCUAG